UUCCACAAUUUCAAACCUCAAAUUCGUUGUGUUUUAGAAAAAUCUUCCCUAAUUUCUCCACCCAUCAUCAAUCCCUAACCCUAAAUCUCUAAUUCCGUAAGAUUUAAUGGAAAUCUCUGUCAUUUCCGACGCAAUAUCGUCUAUCGCUUGCUCAACGCAGUCUUUGGGCUUCUCAAAAUUUAUCCUCAAUCGCCCGCACGACGUUCUUUCUCUCACCGACACUUCAUCGGAUCAGCCGCCACAAACGUCGUCCCCGUUCCACAUCUCUGCCGCAUCAUCUCCGCCAACGAGGACUCUGACGAAGCCACGCACCCGCAAAGCGCGCCGCGUUCGGCGGAAAAUCGUACUCGAUAACGACGGUGAAGAGAGUGGGUUUUUUGUUUUUAGUGACGGAGGGGAUUAUAACAAUGGUGAUGGAUAUUUUGGGGGUGGCGGUGGGGGUAAGGGGUGGAAUUUUGGUGGGCAUGGAGGAGCAAAUUGGGAAGAAUUUUCGGACAAUUCAAUAUCUGAUCCGGCUUUUGAUUUCGUUUAUGAAAUUUUAUGUUGGAUUGCAAUGUCAAAUUGCUUGCAUUUCGCUUUCAAAAAGGUGGUGAGGAUUGUUGCGGAUGGGUUUGGUGAUCGAGAAAAGGUUCCAAUGAGAUUGACUCCAGUCUGCUGAAUGGUAAAGAUUGAUUUCCAUGAAUAAUAAGUCAUCAAAGUUAAGGGGUUACUUUCUGUGUUUUAGCUUGGUCAUUGAUGUAAAUAAUGAUGUAUAUAUCACAUGAUUGAAUCGGUAGAUUAUGUAAUUAUAUUGUUGUAUAUAUAGAACCUCGUCAAUUUCAUUAUGAUGGGAUGCAUUUCCAUUA